CUCUUCAGCCAUACACUUUAAGAUAAGAUGGGCCCCGCAGUCAUCUAACAUAAGCCAAUAAUCUCACGAUUCUUAUCUAAUCUCAUCUUUCUUCACCGUUAGAUCAUAUUACACUAUCGAUCCGCCUGUCAUAACGUAGACCGCGAAACACUUGAUCACGAAGUAUCCACUCUUGAAAACCACAUACUUCGCUUCCUUCCCUCUCACUAUCACAAACCCCAUCGGUUCCAAAACCACUGAAUCAAUCUCGAAGAUGGAGUCACGCGUGCUGUUACGCGCCACAGUCGCCGGACUACCGCAACUGAGACGACCGAUCGGAGCGAUCAACCGUCAACUCAGCACCGCGUCUUCUCUCACGGCUUUCGCUAAGCCGAUCGGAUCAGUCGGAGAGGGAGGGAACCUGAUCUCCGGUCGUCAGCUCCGACCGAUUCUCAUCCUCGAUAGCUCGCCGGAGAAGAGAGAGAUUCUCAAGCCGGUUAGCGCCGCCGCUGGAGAUUCAGCUGGGGAGACGAAAGAUGGGUUCCUCGGGAAGUAUCCAUGGCUCGUCACCGGAUUCUUCUUCUUCAUGUGGUACUUCUUGAAUGUGAUUUUCAACAUCCUUAACAAGAAGAUCUAUAAUUACUUCCCCUAUCCCUAUUUUGUUUCGGCUGUUCACUUGUUCGUUGGUGUUGUCUACUGCUUAAUUAGCUGGUCCGUGGGCCUUCCUAAACGUGCCCCAAUUGACUCGAACCUCCUUAAGGUUUUGAUACCAGUUGCAGUCUGUCACGCCAUAGGCCAUAUCACUAGCAACGUUUCCUUCGCAGCAGUCGCUGUCUCCUUCACUCACACCAUCAAAGCGCUGGAGCCAUUCUUCAAUGCAUCUGCUUCUCAGUUCCUUCUUGGACAAUCAAUCCCCAUAACACUAUGGUUGUCUUUAGCUCCUGUUGUACUCGGAGUUGCAAUGGCUUCGCUAACUGAGUUAUCAUUCAACUGGCUUGGAUUCAUCAGUGCCAUGAUCUCAAACAUCUCUUUCACUUACCGAAGCAUCUUCUCCAAGAAAGCCAUGACUGAUAUGGACAGUACUAAUGUGUACGCUUACAUCUCCAUCAUUGCUCUCAUCGUCUGCAUUCCUCCUGCCAUCAUCGUUGAAGGGCCUCAGCUGUUGAAACACGGUUUCAGCGACGCGAUUGCUAAAGUUGGAAUGACUAAAUUCAUCUCUGAUCUCUUCUGGGUUGGAAUGUUUUACCAUCUCUACAAUCAGUUAGCUACUAAUACCUUGGAGAGGGUUGCACCAUUGACUCAUGCUGUUGGAAACGUUUUGAAACGUGUGUUUGUGAUCGGGUUCUCCAUCGUUAUCUUCGGAAACAAGAUAUCGACGCAGACAGGUAUCGGAACUGGAAUAGCCAUUGCUGGUGUUGCACUCUACUCUAUCAUUAAGGCCAAGAUCGAAGAAGAUAAAAAGAAAGGAAAGACGGCGUAGAGAGCGGCGGUCAACGGUUGCAUAAACAAUUCUUCCGGUGGAUAAUAUAUUUAUAUAAUAAAAAGAACCAAAAUGCAAUAGUAUGUUGUAUGGUACAAUCAACCAUUGUUUUCGAGUUUUUCUUCUCUCUUUCUUUUAAAUAAUAUACUAUAUUGUUUUUUCUGCCUCUUUUGUUUCCAAUGGAGAACAUUGUUACCAUUUCUUCUACAUUGCUAUCAUCUUGACAGAUAAAAAGCUUAAUAACGUAUACUUUUGUUGCUCUU